AAGUUUUUUUUUUUUUUCAGAACAUAUUCUCCAACUCAAGUACGCCGGAUAAUGAGUGUAGAACUGGCAAUGCCAUGUACCGCUUACGUAGCGUGCUUAGCGUACCUGAUGCUGUUGGAUUGGAAGCUGACUGGGGAGGCUUAAAUAGAAAACAGCAGGAGAGGGAAGAAGGAGAUGAACUCAAGAAAAUAUAAAUAAAUACGAGCAAAAUGGGGAUUCAUAAUCAGUAACCGACGCCCGAGAGAGCUUUCCAUCAAAGGGAAUCCCAGCAGAGGAUCGCUGCUUGCAACUGCACCCCGUGGUUUGAAAUGAAGAAUGUCUGCGCUACCAAAGAGUGACCAGGAGGAGGUGAUGAUGGGAGCAGGAGGGAGCUGCCAGGGGGAGCUGUGGUUCCAUUAGCUACGUGGCGCCGGGCUGAGAUGUUGUGCUGAAAAAGAAACCGGGCCAACAAAUAACAAACUCAACCAGAACUACUCUAUCCAAAAAAAAAAAAAAAAGCUUUACAUUUUUAUUUAUUUUUUGUUUUGUUUUGUUCUCUCCCUCCCCCUCAGUUUCGUCGGAUUUGUGAUUUGUAUGGCAGCGGUGUAACCGUGGAGAGGCCAGGGUAUCACAAGCUUAUGGAUUUUGAUAAGAGAGGAGGGAAGGGGGAGGCUGAGGAAGGGAAAAGGAUGUCCAAGGUAGCUGGAGGGAGGACUGGACAUGGCGGCCGGAGUUCAGGGUCUAACUCUGGGGUGCUUAUGGUUGGCCCCAACUUCCGUGUCGGGAAAAAAAUUGGUUGCGGGAAUUUUGGAGAGCUGCGUCUUGGGAAGAAUCUGUACACCAACGAGUAUGUGGCCAUCAAAUUGGAGCCAAUCAAAUCCAGAGCACCACAGCUGCAUUUGGAAUACAGGUUUUACAAGCAGCUGGGAAAUUCAGAGGGGAUUCCUCAGGUGUAUUACUUCGGCCCAUGCGGGAAAUACAACGCCAUGGUCCUGGAGCUACUGGGACCCAGUCUGGAAGACCUCUUCGACCUCUGCGAUCGGACGUUCUCACUUAAAACUGUGCUCAUGAUCGCCAUACAGUUGAUAACUCGAAUGGAGUAUGUACAUACCAAAAGCUUGAUCUACAGAGACGUCAAGCCAGAGAAUUUCCUGGUGGGGAGACCCGGUAGCAAACGGCAGCACACAAUCUACAUAAUAGACUUCGGGCUGGCCAAAGAAUACAUCGAUCCCGAGACCAAAAAACACAUCCCCUAUCGGGAGCACAAGAGCCUGACGGGCACCGCCAGAUACAUGAGCAUCAACACACACCUGGGGAAAGAACAAAGCAGAAGGGAUGACCUGGAAGCACUGGGUCACAUGUUCAUGUACUUCCUGCGUGGCAGCCUGCCGUGGCAGGGCUUGAAGGCUGACACCUUGAAGGAAAGGUAUCAGAAAAUUGGGGACACCAAACGAUCGACACCAAUCGAAGUGCUAUGUGAAAACUUCUCAGAGGAAAUGGCUACUUAUCUGCGCUAUGUGAGGAGGCUGGACUUCUUCGAAAAACCAGAUUACGACUACUUGAGAAAACUCUUCACUGACCUCUUCGACAGGAGUGGAUUCGUGUUCGAUUACGAAUACGACUGGGUCGGCAAACCACUACCCACUCCCAUCGGUCCCAUCCACAGCGACACCCCACUGCAGCCGAGCAGCAGAGACAAAGCACAACAGCAGACCAAAAACCAGUCGCCUGAGCUCCAAGGAACGUGGGAAUCCCAGCCCACUCCAGUGACCACUAGGGAGCUUCUGGGGUCUCAUCUCACAGCUGAUAGGCUCGGGGGCUCAGUGCAGGUAAUGAGCUCUACAAACGGGGAGCUGAACCCUGAUGAUCCUACAGCAGGACACUCCAACGCUCCAAUCACAACGCCGGCAGAGGUGGAAGUGGCAGACGAUACAAAGUGCUGUUGUUUUUUUAAGAGGAGGAAGAGGAAAGGUCUCCAACGCCACAAGUAAACCAGAGAAGUGAUGCAUUCUGGUCACUGAACAAAAACAUCUCGCUGCUGCACCCAACCUGUGCACAAAGGAUCGUUCCUUUCCCACCUGCUACAUGGGCAACAAUACUUGUGGUUCCUUUUUUUUAAAAGAAACAAAAAACACACACCCACGCACAACGAAAACGUAAUUGGGGUGGGGGGGUUGGAGGGAGGGGAUGGAGAUGCUGUGGAUUCUGAUGUAUCUUAGCAUCCACACAAGACAUUACCUGUACAAACCCAUCGAACAUGGGCAGGGGAAACAGGAAAGCCUGUUCUAUAGAGCUAGUCGUUAUUGUGGGAUCAAGUAAUGAAAUUGAACUGUAUUAAUGAUAACAACAAACCACCCAGAACAAAUCACUGCAAGAAACCGAAGACUUUCGUCAGAAUUGGAAGCUUUUAUGUAAAUUCUUUGUUCUUUUUUCCUUUUAUUGUUGUUGUUGUUGUUGGUGUUGUUAUUUUUUUCUAAUUUAAAUUGAAGUUGCAUUCUGUCCUGCCUCGGAGCUGGGAUGAAUCUGCUUGACUUUUUCAUGUGCAGUGCUCUGGAAUUGACAUUUUGUUUUGUUUUCUGUCGUCAAUGUGGACAUUGUAGCACAGUCACUGGCCUCGGGUACUGUGGUAAGAACGAGGGGAUACAAUAGAAAACCUCUCUUCUUAAAAUUGCACUUUUGAAAAAAAACAAACAGUACAGAAUUCUGGGCUUUGGGAUUAAUAAAAAAAAAACAAUAAAGACUGGUCAAAGAAGAUUAAAAAAUCAUGCUGAUCUCUUUACAAGGUCAGACAUCACUAAA